UGGGUAGUUCUUGAACUAAAUGAACUAAAGAACUAGUUCAUCUCAAUGAACUAGCUCACUAGUUCGGUCUUUUCAUUGAACUACAUUUUUCACUACUAGUUCUGAUUUUGGAUCACGAUCCAAAUACUGACAAUAAAUAUUGAACAUGUAGCAGGCGCCUUAUACAAUUUUCCCAAUUGUUCAAAGAUACAAAAAAUCUUGAUAUGGCAAUCCUUUUUUUAUUUGUACGCCAAAAGCAGAUUUCACGGAAAUAUUUUCAUUUGCAUAUUGUGUAUUUGUGUCAAUUGGAGAUAUAGAAAAUGAUUGGAAUGAGAAAGCGGAGUGCAGUAUGGUCCCACUUCAUUGAAGUAAAUGAUAAGAAGGCAAGGUGCCGGUACUGCCAAAUAAAUAUCAGUUUUAAAUGUGGGUCGCAUGGCAAUCUACAGCGGCACAUGAAAGCCAAGCACCCGUUCAUCUCAAUCGAGCACCAACAGUGUGAAGAGAGGCAAUUGGAAAAGGAGUCAGCGCAGGAGCAAGGACAGAAAGCAACACAGGCAAUGCGGGAGUUAUCACAGCCAGAACCAGCACAGAGAACGAGCGAGCAACAUACUGUGGCUGAGCAACCAACAAUUUCACAUUACGUAGAUAAACCAUCAACGGGCAGAAAAGCUAAACAAAUCGACAAGCAGCUCGUCCAGAUGAUCGCAAAAGGGCAUCAUGCACUACGAAUCGUGGAGGAACCAGAAAUGAAGAGGCUGAUUCAAAUGGUGUCACAUUGUCCUAACUACCAACUCCCAUGCAGGAAAACAGUUUCUGAAAAAAUUUUACCACAAAUUUAUGAAGAAUUACUUGCCAAAGCAAAACGUAAGGUUUCCGAAUCAACUGCAGUAUGCCUCACUACAGAUGGGUGGACGUCGCGUAUUAACGAGCAUUUUAUUGCUGUCACUGCACACUUAAUAGACAAAAAUACAAAUCUUUGCUCCAUUUUGAUCUGCUGUAAGCAAUUUAGCGAGAGGCAUACCAGCGAAAAUUUAUGCAACUUUUUAAAAGAAGUUAUGACUGAGUGGCAAAUUUCACACAAAAUUGCAGCUGUAGUAAGUGACAAUGCCCCAAAUAUAAUAAACGUUGUUCGACUAGGAGAGUGGAAGUCAAUAGGUUGCUUUGCUCAUCUUCUCAACCUGAUUGUUCAACAUGGAGUUGCAGAAAUAUCAGAUGUUUUACAUAAAGUAAAAGCAAUUGUGGAGUUUUUCAACCGAAGCCCACGCGGACUUCAAAAACUUAUGGAUGUACAAAGACAACUGAAUUUAUCUCCCCUGAAGCUGAAACAAGAUGUUUCAACCCGUUGGAAUGCGACAUAUGAUAUGCUUGAGCGCAUUUUAAAAUUGAAGGAGGCAGUGGUCACCACUAUAGCACUUCUGCGUUCUGAUCUCAUCAUUGACCAACAGAGUUGGGAAAUCAUAGAGGGGGCUUUGCUUCUUCUUAAGCCUUUUUAUGAGGUUACCAUGGAGAUAAGCUCAGAAAAAAAUGUUACAUUGUCUAAAUAUUCAUGUCAAAAUGAAAAAGUAGUGGCUUUAAAAGAGUCUUUAAAGAGAGCAAAAAUUUUCAAAGACGAAAGAGCUUGUUCUGUAACUAUUGACAAUCUAAAACGUAAGAUUGAGAAUAUUGAGACGACUGAGACUGAAGUUGGCAUAUUAGAAGUUCGCGCUACUAGUACUGCGGAUGUAGGAAUAGAAAGUAAUAUCUGGGAUGAAUAUGAUGAAAAUAUUAGAAAUAUUUCUACACCUGAAAAUACAACUGCUGCUGGUUUGCGCGAAUUGGAUAAAUAUCUUAAUGAGGAUAUUUUAAACCGCAAGCAGGAUCCAUUAAAGUGGUGGCACGAACGACAACCGCGUGGAUUGCAAUUGGUUAGCUCAAGUGGAAACGUAAAAUGUGAAAAUGCAAUAAAAAGUGAAGCAAAUGCAGCAACGUUAUCGCCGUUAGCUUUGCCACUGCGCAGGCAAACACAAAUUCACUACAACCUUCGCAGCAAUGGAAAAUAUGCGACGGAAGAACGGAAUGACAGUGUGUAA